CGGAUUUCCUACAGUGUAGUAUACACCUAUUCUUCUCUCUCUAUACGUGGAUAACUGGUACAUCAAACCAUCGGAAGCUGAUCCAGUACGCCAGGUCCGGCCAGGUAACAAGCAAGUGCGCACGGCAACGUAGUGGACGUAUUAAUCCUGCAAAGUAGCUCACCGUAAACAAACUUGUGCUUUGUGUCAUCAUGUCGUCUACGAACGGAGCUGGUAGUGGAACUUUCUACAUGCUGCAAGCGUUGGCACUUCUCUGGACGAUUGCAGUAGUAUCGGCAAACAAGCGAUAUUGUGGGGCAGAGCUGGUUAAGGUACUAUCCUUCCUGUGUGACGAGUUCCCCGAUCUGCAUACAUCGAGCAAGAAAUCCAUGGACACCUUCAUGAAGACGGACACGAGCAACGACGAGUGGAUGAAUGCGGACGACAACACACAACAGCAGCAGCAGAUGAUACUGGAUCAGCAGCUGCAAUCGGUCGGCAUGAUGGACGAUCGGGCUUCCGUACCGGCCUGGAUGAACAUGGUGUAUCCGACGAACUACAUGUACCGCCACGGAACAGGACACAACGAGCUGAUACCCGCACGGUUCCGUAAAAGUCGCGGUGGCAUCGUAGAGGAGUGUUGUUUGCGACCCUGCGGCAUGAAUCAGUUGCUGCAGUACUGUAAGAAGGCAUAUUAAGUCUCCGUUUGGACAUCACACAGCAGCACGCCGUUAUUAAGUGUUGAUCGAUUACUCUCCAUUAUUGAAUGAAUGUAGACGUAGAGGGGAAUUGGAUCAUCGCGCUGGAGGCAGGGAAUGAUACGUACAAAAUCGUACAAAAAUUAAUUACAAAUCGUACACACUGCACUGCGCAAAUCUUACCUAAAUAUUUAACCCAAGCUCACAAGCUCUCGCUGUUAAUUAGAUCGCUUUACAUUUUACAAUGUUGCUACACUUGCACGGUUGCGGCAAGCAGAACAGAUGAUGUUGUAAGGAUGCUUAUUUAACUAGCCCAGCACGGUAGGACAGGCGUAGCGCCAUGUACCGGUAUGGUUAUUAUUGGAAACAGUGAAUCGUGGAAUAAAUACAAACCUAUCCAUUACUGGCUAUUUG